CGGUUGGCACUUCGGCAUUCGUCGUCGAUCGUUACGUACGGGAGAGAGGAUCGCCAUUGUGUUGGAAGCAUUCACGACGCUCGGGUAGUGCACGCUGAGGACCCGGACUUUCCACCGGAGAGCGUAGUUUUCCUUCAAGAAUUUUCCUCUUGUGAUAUUUAGACUGUGCCAACAUUAGAAACGAGGGAAAUCAUUGAAAUAUGGAGGACGAUCAGCAGUUCUGCCUGAGGUGGAACAAUCAUCAGAGCACGCUCAUACAAAACUUCGACACACUCCUGGAGAGCGGUACGUUGGUUGACUGCACCCUAGCGGCGGAGGGGAAGUACCUAAAGGCCCACAAAGUGGUCCUCUCCGCGUGCAGUCCAUACUUUGAGGGCCUUCUCAGCGAGCACUAUGACAAACAUCCUGUCUUUAUCCUGAAGGACGUGAAAUUUAAGGAGCUAAAGGCCAUGAUGGACUACAUGUACAGGGGAGAAGUUAAUAUAUCCCAAGACCAAUUGGCAGCACUUUUGAAGGCGGCCGAGUCCCUACAGAUAAAGGGAUUAUCGGAAAGCAAGACUGGGGGUAAUCACAGCAACAGCACCAAAACAGAUACGAGACAGAAAACACAACCGCCUGUAUUGUCAGACAUUCCACAUGCGUCUUCCGGUCUCACAAUUGAGAAGAACAGCAAAGUUCCUAGGCAGAGUAUAGCACAUGUUUCAGUUGCUGAUGUACCAGAGGAUUCGGCCAGUCCACAAUUACCCAAAGGCGUUUCCUCCAGGGAAGGCUCCCAAAGUCCUGUUGCCAGAAAGAGAAACAAAAUAAGAAGAAGAAGUGUUGGUGAUGAUACAUCAAUGGACAACCACGAGGCAUCAAACUCUAGUGAUUUACCCCAACAAUUGGGAAUAACGUCACUUGGUCUUACGCCUGUUGAUGAUAAAUUGCACUCUGAUGGUGGGGAUGGCAAGUCAGCACUCAUGACACACUUGACGAAACCUGCCGACGACAUGCACCAGAUUCCAAUGGAAAAGGCUGAACCCACGGAUAACCUGAUUGAGCCAAAGUCCGAGUACCUGGAGGACCCUGAGGAGAGUGUUGAAGACUUGACACUUGACGAUGACAUGAAUGACCUCAAUGAAAUGGAACAAGAUAAUAACAGAGCUGGACCCUCGUCGCAUGAUCCAAGUCAACAUCCCGGUCUUGCAGCGUGGCAUGUCACGGGUGAUCGAAGUAAUGCGGGUGGCGUCGUUGGAACUGUUGCUGGUGCCCCUGGAGCUAAUGACGAAGUUUUUUUGGCUGCCCAGGAGGCCGCACAAGCUCAUCGCGACUCUCAAGACCCUCCAUCAAAGCGAUCAAGAUCCAGGAAGCCAUCAGAAGCAUCACGAUCCAAGAAGCCAUCAGAAGCAUCACGAUCCAAGAAGCCAUCAGAAGCAUCACGAUCCAGGAAGUCAUCAGAAGCAUCACGAUCCAAGAAGUCAUCAGAAGCAUCACGAUCCAGGAAAUCCUGGAGCUGUCCCACAUGCCACAAGAACUUCACCUCGAAGUACACAGCGAUGACUCAUUAUCAAAACGACUGCAGUCGAAAGGUCUUCUACGGUUGUCCCUACUGCGACGUUAGGAACAGCAAAUCCUUUCAGAUACGAAAGCACGUGGCGAAGGUUCAUCCUGGAAGACAGUGUUCAUUCCUGGAGUUUCAUGGAACUGGUCAAGCUCCAAGUUACAAGUGCUCUUACUGCGCCAUGAGCUCCAUGAAGAGGUCCAACGUCUACAGACACGUGCGAAAUCAUCAUCCUGGGAUGUUAGUUCAGCUCCUGGACGUACCAGCCGACUGUGUACGUUAUCCAUCAGCUGAGGAGCCACUUCCAGAUGACAACGAAUGAAUAUCCUGAUGAAUCUCCAACUUUACCUGGUGAUUUCCCCUGCGUUCGUCUGAUUUUUCUGGUUUUUUGCUUUGAUCCUGGGGGCUGGACGUCCUGGACACGUCUAGGCAGGUGUCUUCCGUCCAGAUGUCGACCUUCUGGAGCUUCCAGGGGCUCCAGAGGACUUCUGGACGUCGAAAAGGUCCUGGGACUGUCCAACAUGUCGUAGGAGCUUCAGAUAAAAUUUUUUUUUGGGAAAUUCGUUGAGGUACGACAGGAAAUUUGAUCCAGGGAACAUGACAGCUGUUCUGGGAGGGAAAGGACAUCAACAUCAUCAAGGGGAGACACCUGGUGCAGUGGUAGAGUUGACAGCUGGGGGAGUCAUCGAAUUAAGAGGUUCCACCGAAGAGAUUUGAUAGAAAUGUCGUGAUCGUGUCAUGAAAUUUAAGAUUCGGUGGAAUUUUGACAGACGUGGGGAGCUGUCACCCUGGAUGGCAUGUCCAGGUCGUCAAUUUGGGUGUCAACUGGGGGUUGUGCGGUUGCUGAGGGCGAAUCCUCGUGAUUGAUAUUUAAUAGAUGACCUGGAUAUGAAUUAAUUAAUAUUCAGUUCGGUUUAUUUGAUGUCACGAACGUUUUUGUUUAAUUAGCAUCAGCUCCUGACGUUAAUUAAUUAAUGUUUAAUUUGGUUAAGUUCAUUUUCGUUGAUGUCACGAGUGUUUUGAUGGUUGACAUCAGCUAUUUUUUAGUAUUAUUAUUACUGUAAUUAAUUAAUUAAUAUUCAGUUCAGUUCAGUUCGUUUUCUUUGAGGUUACGAAUGUUUUUGUUUAAUUAGCAUCAGCUCCUGACGUUAAUUAAUUAAUGUUUAAUUUGGUUAAGAUCAUUUUCGUUGAUGUCACGAGUGUUUUGAUGGAUGACAUCAGUUAUUUUUUAGUAUUAUUAUUACUGUAAUUAAUUAAUUAAUAUUCAGUUCAUUUUCUUUGAUGUCAUGAACGUUUUCGUUUCAUUGACAUCACCUCCUGUCAUUAAUUAAUUAAUGUUUAAUUUGCUUAAGAUCAUUUUCGUUAAUGUCACGAAUGUCUUAAUUAUUGACAUCAGCUGUUGUUUAAUAUUAUUAUUACUAUAAUUAAUUAAUUAAUAUUCAUUUAAAUUCAGUUCGUUUUAUUUGAUCUCACGAACGUUUUUGUUUAAUUAGCAUCAGCUCCUGUCGUUAAUUAAUUAAUGUUUAAUGUGCUUAAGAUCAUUUUCGUUAAUGUCACGAAUGUUUUAAUUAUUGACAUCAGCUGUUGUUUAAUAUUAUUAUUACUAUAAUUAAUUAAUUAAUAUUCAUUUAAAUUCAGUUCGUUUUCUUUGAGGUUACGAAGGUUUUUGUUUAAUUGACAUCAGCUCCUGUCAUUAAUUAAUGUUUAAUUCGAUUAAGAUCAUUUCCUCUGAUGUCAGGAGCUUCACAAAAAUUAUCUGACUCGUUCCAUAUUUUUAAGUGACUCAAAAUGGUCGCGUUGGCUCGAUAAAAUAGGGUUCGGGCUGUGAUGACACGGUUUUUUCUACUGAUGAACCUGAAUGUUCAUUACAUGACCUAAGUCACGACUUUAGAUUAAGGAAUCACAUGUUCGUGAAUUGAAAACAUAAUCGUAAUCAGUUUUUUCUGGAUUUUUCAGUUGUAGAAAACAGGAAAAGCUCAUAUCACACGUUAUAAACAAUAAAAUUCACCAUAAAAAUUCAAAAAUCAUUAGAUUAAUGUCAAAGGACGUUUGUUAUUCCAAAAACGGACCUUUUUGCCCUUUACUAAGGCCCUUUUUACCAUAUUCACACGACUGAAACUGAUUUUUCUAUAACAAAAAACAGGAAAAGGACUCGAUAUCACACGUUAUAAACAAUAAAACUCAACAUAAAAAUCCAAAAA